AUGACCGAAACGCUGAUUUCUGCUGUUCGCGCUCGUGUUACCAUCGAUGUCGACUCGAUGAACCCUCUUGUCGCGGCUCGCCAUGCAGCGGAGGCGCGCUUCCAGGAUAUGACCUCUAACCAGGCUAUCGCGUAUGGAGAGUCCACGCGCUCCGAACAGGCUACUGUGCUCGCAGAGGCUAUCAAGACAGCCCGCGCGACGUUGAGCGACGCUGUGGAAGAGGACGCGCUUGUCGAUCAGGUCGUCGAUGUCUUUACAGUUCUACUUGCGAAGAACGUGAUCCCGCACAUCUCAGGGCGCGUUCACGCGCAGACGGCGCCCGAGACCGCUUUCAAUACAGAGGCAACCAUCGCGCAUGCGAAGAAGCUCGUGGCCCUCUUCGAAGAGCACGGCAUCCCAAAAGAACGAGUGUGUAUCAAGAUCCCAGCGACCGGUCCCUCAAUCCUAGCCUGUGCAUACCUUGAGAAGAUCGGCAUUCGCACGCUUGCGACUUGCCUAUUCUCCGUCUCUCAAGCUCUGGCAGCCCAUCAAGCUGGCUGUCUUUACGUUGCACCGUACUUCAACGAGCUUCGCGUACACUUCGAGCCCGACCUGUGGAAGAAGUAUGAUGAUACAGCGCGCGAGCAUCCCAUGGGCAGCGUCAUUCACGAGAUCGUUGCUACGUAUAAGAGCAUCGGCGCGAAGACGCUUGUCAUGCCUGCGAGUGUCGUGACCGGUGAAGAGGUUGUAGCCCUCGUUUCCCUCCAGCCAAAUCACCUCACGCUCUCUGGAGCCGUACUUGAUCUACUAGCAGCAAUCCAAAACAAUGCUCUUCCCGAACCACCAGCGCUUCCUGCCGCAUCAUCCCUGACUACUACGGACUACCUUGCCUCCGACGCACAAGCCCUCGCGCAAGCAAUCGAAAGUGACGCAGAAGUAAACAGGAAGCUUGCCGACGCUUUACUCAUCUUUGGCGAUAUGGAAGAGAAGCUCCGCGCGCUCAUCCGCACGCAGCUACACGUUUAG